AUGGCAAACGAUUCAUACGAGGAUGCCAUUGCAGGACUGAGCAAGCUUCUCAGUGAAAAAGCUGACCUCGGGAGCGUAGCCGCCGCAAAGAUCAAGCAGAUAACGACCGAGUUAGAGGCGGUCGAUUCGAAGAAAUUUGACCCGGUCGAGCGUAUAAAAACCGGAUUUGUCCACUUCAAGACGGAGAAAUAUCAGUGCGGUGAUAAGCACAUAAGCAGCCGCUGUUUAUGUGCUGUGGCUGAAAUUGCUUUAUCUUGGCCUGAAAAUGGGCUGCUUUCACAGAUCGCCUUGAAAAGGAAGAAUCCAGACUUGUACGGUGCCCUUGCUAAAGGCCAGAGUCCAAAGUUUAUGGUGUUCGCGUGCUCUGAUUCGCGGGUUUGCCCUUCCCACAUCCUCAAUUUUCAACCAGGGGAGGCCUUUAUGGUGCGAAACAUCGCCAACAUGGUCCCACCUUAUGACCAGACAAAAUAUUCUGGUGUGGGGGCAGCCAUUGAGUAUGCUGUGUUGCAUUUGAAGGUGGAAAACAUUGUAGUCAUUGGUCACAGCUGUUGUGGUGGUAUAAAGGGUCUCAUGUCUAUCCCAGAUGACGGGUCCACUGCUAGGUUGGCUGUUCAGAGUAUCAAGUUGGUUAUUUGGGAUGUUCCUGCUCAGAGCUUGUUUAUUGGUUUGUUCGGGGGUACACAACCCAUCCUAAAGUUCCUUUUAGCUUCUGAGGCUGUCAAUGUAUCACUGGGAAACCUACUGACAUAUCCAUUUGUGAGAGAGGCCGUGGUGAAUAAUACUGUAUCGCUGAAGGGUGCACACUACGAUUUUGUCAAGGGAACCUUCGAGCUAUGGGAUCUGGAUUUCACAAUUUCACCGUCCAUUGCUGUCUGA